CUAAUGAUCAAUUAACAAUCACACAAAAAAACAUCAUUAAAAUAUAUUAGCAAACAAAUUUCAUAUAAAUAUUCAAAUACACAGUGUUGAUGAACAAUUUUCUAAGAAAAAAACAUUAUGAAGUUCUUAACAUGCAUCGUAAUGACAAUGCUUUUAUUUAUGGUGAGAAUUGAUGACUCAUUGUCAGCUAGCUGUUUCACAUGUAAUCCAUGUCCUACACCAUUUUAUCCCGGAUCCAAUUUAAUUAGAAAUAAAACAGGCUGUAGAUGGUGUGCUAAAAUUGAACCUAGCGGUUAUCCAUAUACUGUUAGAGAUUGUGUUGAUGUAUGUGAAGCAAAUUCUUGGUUCUAUAUGUUCAGUAAAUAUUCAUAUCAAUGCUGUACAAGAGAUUACUGUAAUAAGAGUCAUACAAAUUAUCCACCUCUACAAAUGAUAACAAUAAUAAUAUUUGCUAUUUGUUUCUAUAUUAAUAAAAUGAAUUCAAAAAUGUAAAAAAAAAUGAUUAAUUAAUUUGCA